CGUAACAGAAGUCACGAGAACGAUGAAAGAAACCACCUGUCAACUGCUCUUUAACUGAGAAGAUUCUUGACCUGCUGGGCCCAUGCGUGAAUAGAUACUUUGACAAGAAAACACAGCAACCUCGACAGACAAAAUUUUGCAGGUCCCUCAGCUGAUGAAGGUAAAGCUGAGAGAGUGAAGCUGCAGCACUGUGUAACAGCAACAAUACUGGAAGAUAUAGGUAACAAUGAAUUUUUACCAGCAUAACAUACAGGAACAUCUCAAUCCAUUACAUUAAUAGUUCUCUUGAGAACGUUUGUUAAGAACGACGAGCCGUCUAGCGAAAAAAAUGGUUUCCAAUUGUCAUCUCUCGAAUCCUGUUCCUGCUUUCCUGUUUUUUUGUGUCUGUGAUGCAAGCACUAAAGAAGGUUCAGAGGCCAUUUCGUUUCACGAUUGCCUGGUGAUUUGUAUGAUAGACACAGGGUACCACUCUAGGUAAAUGUUAUUGGUUUUGCGUUAUGUAUUUCGUCGAUGGUAGUGUUUUAAUGCAAAUAUGUAUUGUCAAAAGAAGACGUGUUUUCAAUGGGUAGCUUGCUAACGUUAGUUGUCUAAGUUAGCAAGCUAAGCAUUUAGCCCAGUUGCUAGCUAGCUAAAUAUGUUAAUCGAAGAGCUGCUGAAGAAUUGUCAGUGUCUGGCCAUGACUCGUUCAUAAGGUGUUUGGAGAGAGAUUUAUUAUUGUACAAAAAAAAGCACUCCGAUUUCUCUACUGUCAAAUUCACUUUUCUGUCAUAUCUUCCUCAGACUAUCAGCGGAGUUGUCUGUAGAUCAACAAAUAUAUGGAAAUCGACAGCUAACGUUAAUUUGCUAGCCUUUGCUCCUAGUUGCAGUUCGCAGUCUGGUAUAGAUGGCUGUGUUGAUGUACAGACUGCCAGCUAUGCUAACACAGCUCUGUUAGCCAACUGCUUAGCCAAAUCAUUGGGACCUCAUUUGGUCAAACAAGCAAAGCAUUUGUUUACGUAGUUUGGUAAGCCCUGCGUCUAUACACGUCGACAAGCCUUAACGUUAGUUGAUGUUAUUAAGGAACCUCACACAGGACAUGAUAGUGAACAGCUGCUGGUUGGGGGCAUUUGCACACGGCUGUGAAUGGUAGUGUCUAGAAAGGGUAUGUCCCUUCAGGAGAGAGGUGCCAAUGUCCAACCGGCCUAAUUCCAAUCCAGGGGGGUCACUGCGACGUUCUCAAAGGAACACUGCUGCGGCCCAGCCACAAGACUACACUGCCACAGGAAGGCUGCAGGCAGGGCAGGUAAAACAUAACGCACAUUCCCCUCCUGAAAGUAGAAGACCUAACCUCUCUAAGGCUCCCAAAGCCCCACCCAGCUCAGCCUCUGGCUCCUCCAGAGGCCACAGCUCCAGAAGAAACCCUCUGUCGGUGAGUUCAUUGCUAGUAGAACCGGACCCAGAGGCGGCGGGCCCCUCGGAGCCGCCUAGACGCGAGGGCAGCAGGGGCCAGAAGCGCAGCUCCGCCCCCGAGCCCAGCAGCUUCGGCGCCUCCUCCUCCUCAGCCGCCAAGAAGCCCAAAGUCCUGCCCCCAGCACCUGAGGGCUCUUCCUCCUCCUCCUCAUCUUCCUUGGCCGCCUGCACAGCGGCCUCCUCACAGGCCAGGAAGCCUCCGCUCUGCCCAGGAUCCAAGUCCAAAAAGCGCCGUGCGCCAGCCGAGAGCCAGGCGCAGACAAACACUAAAGGCAACGCCAGCGCUAACCAGCGCACUCACGGGAGCGGCAGCAGCAGUAGUGCCUCUGCCACCAGGAAGAGCGCCGCCGCCGCCUCCUCCUCCUCCCCUGGGGCCUUGCCGUCCACGUCGGCUGCCCCACCCAGCCACAAGCGCAAGAAGGCGGACUCGCUCCCUGCAGCCAGCCUGAGCGCCUCCUGCUCUUCCUCCUCGUCCUCCUCCUCUUCCUCUACCACCUCCUCCUCCUCCUCAUCCAGCGCCGGGCCAACCCCCAGCCGCACCUCCACUGCCCCCGCAGUGCUCUCCACCGCCGCCGCCAAACCCAGCAAGCUGGCGUCCAAGUCGGCCGCCUCGGCCAGAGCUGGGUGUAGUGCCGCCACCAACACCAACGCCACCAACUCCGCCACCGCCAACAACACAGACUCCUCCCUGUCCUCUGCCUCCUCUUCAUCUUCCUCCUCCUCCUCUUCUUCUUCGUCCUCCGCGCCCACGGCGGCAGCAGCAGCAGGCGCAGGCAGCUGCGCUCCACCCCAGCCGGGCGCCCGGCACAAGCAGGGCAGAGAGCCCGCAGGCAGUAGCGGCGCAGCGGGUAGCAGUAAGGCACGCCGUUCACGCUCGGCGUCCAGCCCCUCCCCGCGCCGCAGCGGCCGGGACAAGGAGCAGGCCAAAGCGGCAGCCGCGGCAGCAGCAGCAGCGGCGGCAGCAGCAGGCAGCUCAAAGUUUGAGUGGGCCUCUCGCUUCAGUCCCAAAGUCAACCUGCCAAAGCCCAAGCUGUCUCUGCCAGGAUCCUCCUCCAAGACUGAGACCGCCUCCAAACCUGGGCCCUCGGGACUACAGGCCAAACUAGCAAGUUUGAGGAAGUCCAAUAAGAAGCGCAGCGAGUCUCCCCCAGCAGAGCUCCCCAGCUUUCGGCGGAGCACACGCCAGAAGACCACGGGCUCCUGCGCCAGCACCAGUCGGCGAGGCUCAGGCCUGGGCAAGCGCGGGGCAGCUGAAGCUCGCCGACAGGAGAAAAUGGCAGACUCCGACAACAACCAAGACGGAGCCAACUCCUCCAACGCGCGCACUGACGAGGCACCACAGGGGGCUUCAGCCUCGAGCUCAGUAGCUGGAGCUGUAGGCAUGACCACGUCCGGUGAGAGUGAGUCGGAUGACUCCGAAAUGGGCCGUCUGCAAGCCCUGUUGGAGGCCAGAGGUCUCCCCCCUCACCUGUUUGGACCACUGGGGCCGCGCAUGUCUCAGCUCUUCCACAGGACCAUAGGCAGCGGGGCCAGCUCUAAGGCCCAGCAGCUGUUGCAAGGCCUUCAGGCCACAGGUGACGAGUCCCAGCAGCUCCAGGCUGCCAUAGAGAUGUGUCAGCUCCUGGUCAUGGGCAACGAGGAGACGCUGGGAGGCUUCCCCGUCAAGACCGUCGUGCCCGCCCUGAUCCAGUUGUUACAGAUGGAGCAUAACUUCGAUAUUAUGAACCACGCGUCCCGUGCCCUCACCUAUAUGAUGGAGGCUCUGCCACGCUCCUCGGCCGUGGUGGUGGACGCCAUCCCUGUUUUCCUGGAGAAACUUCAGGUGAUCCAGUUCAUUGAUGUGGCUGAGCAGGCUCUGACCGCUCUGGAGAUGUUGUCAAGGCGACACAGCAAAGCCAUUCUACAGGCUGGUGGUUUGGCAGACUGUCUGCUGUACCUGGAGUUCUUCAGUAUAAACGCCCAGCGGAACGCUCUGGCUAUCGCCGCUAACUGCUGCCAGAGCAUUACCCCAGACGAGUUCCACUUUGUGGCUGACUCGCUGCCCCUGCUCACACAGAGACUCACACAUCAGGAUAAGAAAUCCGUUGAAAGCACUUGUCUUUGUUUUGCCCGGCUGGUGGAUAACUUUCAGCAUGAAGAGAACCUGCUGCAGCAGGUGGCUUCCCGCGACCUCCUGACCAAUGUGCAGCAGCUGCUGGUGCUGACACCACCCGUGCUGAGCUCGGGCAUGUUCAUCAUGGUGGUGCGCAUGUUCUCCCUCAUGUGCUCCAACUGCCCCAGUCUUGCCGUUCAGCUCAUGAAGCAGAAUAUAGCAGAGACCCUGCGCUUCCUGCUGUGCGGAGCGUCCAAUGGGAGCUGUCUGGAGCAGCAGAUCGACCUGGUGCCCAGAAGCCCUCAGGAGCUCUACGAGCUCACCUCACUCAUAUGUGAGCUGAUGCCAUGCCUGCCCAGAGAGGGCAUCUUUGCGGUGGACGCCAUGCUGAAGAAAGGCAGCGCCCAGACCACAGAGGGGGCCAUUUGGCAGUGGAGGGACGACCGGGGCCUCUGGCAUCCCUACAACCGCAUCGACAGCCGCAUCAUAGAGACGGCUCAUCAGAAUGGUGAGGAUGAAAUAAGUCUGACCACACUGGGUCGUGUUUACACCAUCGACUUCAACUCUAUGCAGCAGAUUAACGAGGACACGGGCACUGCCCGAGGCAUCCAGAGGAAGCCCAACCCACUAGCCAACCCCAACUCUGGCAGUCACCAGGAGGUGCGUCGUGAGGACGCGCGUGCCCAGCUGAUGAAGGAUGACCCUGAGCUGGCCAAGUGCUUCAUCAAGACGCUGUUCGGCGUGCUCUACGAGGUGUACAGCUCGUCGGCCGGCCCCGCCGUCAGACACAAGUGCCUUAGAGCCAUUCUCCGCAUCAUCUACUUCGCCGACGCCGACCUGCUGAGGGACGUGCUGCGCAACCAUGCAGUAUCCAGUCAUAUCGCCUCCAUGCUGUCGAGUCAAGACCUGAAGAUUGUAGUGGGCUCUCUGCAGAUGGCAGAGAUCCUCAUGCAGAAACUACCAGAUGUCUUCGGUGUCUUCUUCAGAAGAGAGGGAGUGAUGCACCAGGUGAAGACGCUGGCCGAUUCCGAGACGUUUCUCAGCAACACCCCCAGGGCUUGCUCCAGCACCCCUCCCAGCCUGUGCACCACCACCACCACCAUCACCACGACAACCAGCAGCGCCAGCAGCAACGCUCAGCCUCCCGCCGACCUGGGCUCUCCCAGCUUCCAGCACAGCAUGGACGACUCUCUGGACCUCAGCCCACAGGGGCGGUUGAGUGACGUGCUGAAGAGGAAGCGACUCCCGAAGCGCGGCCCCAGGAGGCCCAAGUACUCUCCUCCUAGAGACGAUGACAAGGUUGACAAUCAGGCCAAGAGUCCUACCACCACUCAGUCACCCAAGUCCUCGUUCCUGGCCAACCUCAACCCUAAGACGUGGGGUAAACUGGGGGUCCAGACCAAUAACUCCAGUUCUGAGCCCUCUCGCACAGCAGGGGUCAGCGGCCUGGCCCGGCCCCCUGCCAAGGACUCCGUCUCCAACAACAGGGAUAAGAUUAAGGCCUGGAUCAAGGAGCAGGCCGUUAAGUUUGUGGAGCGCUACUUCAACACUGACAGCGUGGACGUCAGUAACCCAGCCCUGAAUGUACUACAGAGACUCUGCACUGCCACAGAGCAGCUUGGCCUUCAGGUGGAUGAAGGUGUGGAGUGCCUUGUGGAGAUCUCUGGCAUCGUGUCGGAGUCGGACGUGUCGUCGUUUGAGAUCCAGCACAGCGGCCUGGUCAAGCAGAUGCUGCUCUACCUGACCUCCUGCGGCGAUCGAAACACCGUCAGCCGCGACCAGCGCAUUAAGAGGUUCCUGCACGUCUUCUGCGGAUGCCCGCAGAUGCCAGGGCAGGAGGCACGGAUAGACCCGGCUGAGAACCUGCCUCUGCUGGCGCUGGUGCACAAGAUGAACAACUGCCUGAGCCAGAUGGAGCAGUUCCCCGUCAAGGUGCACGACUUCCCCUCCGGAAACGGCAACGGCAGCAGAGGUUCCCAGGCACUGAAGUUUUUCAACACGCACCAGCUCAAGUGCCAGCUGCAGAGGCACCCGGACUGUACCAAUGUCAAGCAGUGGAAGGGAGGCCCGGUGAAGAUCGACCCCCUGGCGUUGGUGCAGGCCAUUGAGAGAUAUCUGGUGGUCCGAGGCUAUGGACGAAUCAGGGAAGAGGAUGAGGACAGUGAUGAUGAUGGAUCAGAUGAUGAAAUUGACGAAUCACUGGCGGCCCAGUUCCUGAACUCGGGCAGUGUUCGCCACCGGCUGCAAUUCUACAUGGGCGAGACGCUGCUGCCCUAUAACAUGACCGUCUACCAGGCCGUGCGGCAGUACAGCCUGCAGGCCGAGGAAGAGCGGGAGUCUACGGACGACGAGGCCAACCCGCUGGGCCGUGCCGGCAUCUGGACCAAAACACACACCAUCUGGUAUAAGCCAGUGAGGGAGGAUGAGGACGGCACUAAGGACGCAGUGGGAGGCAAGAGAGGAAGAGCACAGACCGCUCCCACCAAGACCUCCCCCCGCAACGCCAAGAAGCAGGACGAGCUGUGGCACGAUGGUGUGUGUCCCAGCAUCACCAACCCCUUGGACACAUACCUCAUGUCCGAUCCCCCGGAGGCCAUCACUUUCGAUGACCCCUCCCUGGAGGUCAUCCUGCUGCUUCGUGUCCUCCACUCCAUCAGCCGAUACUGGUUCUACAUGUACGAUAAUGCUGUGUGUAAGGAGAUGGUGGCCACCACUGAGUUCAUCAACAGCAAGCUGACGGCCAAGGCCAACCGCCAGCUGCAGGAUCCUCUGGUCAUCAUGACCGGCAACAUCCCCACCUGGCUCACUGAGCUGGGCAAAACCUGCCCCUUCUUCUUCCCGUUUGACACACGGCAGAUGCUGUUCUACGUGACCGCGUUCGAUCGCGACCGUGCCAUGCAGCGCCUGCUUGACACCAACCCCGAGAUCAACCAGUCUGACUCCCAGGACAGCCGCGUUGCUCCACGCCUCGACAGGAAGAAGCGGACGAUAAACCGCGAUGAGUUGCUGAAGCAGGCUGAGUCCCUGAUGCAGGACCUGGGCAGUUCCAGAGCCAUGCUGGAAAUUCAGUAUGAAAAUGAGGUGGGCACUGGUCUGGGCCCCACGCUGGAGUUCUAUGCUCUAGUAUCUCAGGAGCUGCAGAGAGCUGACCUGGGCCUGUGGAGAGGAGAGGAGGUCACCCUCAGCAACCCAAAAGGGAGUCAGGAGAGCACCAAGUACAUGUUCUGCUCCAGAGGGCUGUUUGCCGUGCCGUUUGGCCGCACCACCAAACCCGCACACAUCGCCAAGAUCAAGAUGAAGUUCCGCUUCCUGGGCAAGCUGAUGGCCAAAGCCAUCAUGGACUUCAGACUGCUGGAUCUACCACUGGGCCUUCCUUUCUACAAGUGGAUGCUGCGGCAUGAGACAUCCAUCAGCUCUCACGACCUGGUCAACAUUGACCCGAGUGUGGCCAAGUCCAUCCAGCACCUGGAGGACAUCAUCCGCCAGAAGAAGAGACUGGAACAGGACCGCUCCCACACGAGGGAGACCCUUCAGCAGGCGCUGGAGAGUCUGAACAUGAACGGCUGCUCAGUGGACGACCUGGGGCUGGACUUCACCCUGCCCGGGUACCCCAACAUCGAGCUCAAGAAGGGGGGCAAAGAUGUGCCUGUCUCCAUCCACAACCUGGAAGAGUACCUUAGGUUGGUGGUGUUCUGGACCCUAAAUGAGGGCGUGUCACGGCAGUUUGAGUCCUUCAGGGAAGGCUUCGAGUCGGUCUUCCCCCUGCAUCACCUGCAGUACUUCUACCCAGAGGAGCUCGACCAGCUACUCUGUGGCAGCAAGUCAGAGACCUGGGAUGUGAAGACACUUAUGGAAUGCUGUCGGCCAGACCAUGGUUACACACACGACAGCCGGGCUGUGCGGUUCCUGUUUGAGGUGCUCAGUAGCUUUGAUGCGGAGCAGCAGAGACUCUUCCUGCAGUUUGUCACAGGGAGCCCCAGGCUGCCCGUCGGAGGGUUCCGGAGCUUGAACCCUCCGCUGACCAUCGUGCGGAAGACCUUUGAGUCGACGGAGAACCCGGACGACUUCCUGCCGUCGGUCAUGACCUGCGUGAACUACCUGAAGCUGCCCGACUACUCCAGCAUCACGAUCAUGCGCGAGAAACUGUUGAUCGCGGCCCGCGAGGGCCAGCAGUCCUUCCACCUCUCCUGAUGUUGCCGCCUCUCUUCGCCCCUCCCCCCUUCGCUCAUCCCUCGCUCCUUCUUCCUCUCGUUCAGAAUGCCUUCUCCCCCCCCCCCCCCUGCUCACAGAGAAAUCAUGACUUCCACCUAGAAGUUUUGUCAUCUGACCUUUCUCUUUUGUUUUUUCUUUCUUAUGUUUUACUCCUGUAAAUUCCUUUUUUUUUUCUUUUUCUUUUUUUUUGGUCUGGCCCUGUGGGAAGGCACUACUCCGUGCACCCUUCCUGAUCCAAAAAAAAAAAAAAAAAAAACAAGAAAAGAAAAAUAGAAGAAAAAAAAACAAACUGCAAAAGUAGCUUGCAGAUCUGAAAGAGAUGAGGGAAGAAAAACAGAGAAGGAAAAACCAGAGACUCACGCUGCACUUCUCUUGUCUCUCUCUCUCUCCCCCCCACCCCACCCAAUGUACACAACCUAUGACUUAAAAACAUAAAAAAAGAAAAAAAAAUGUUAAAAAAAAUAUCAGUAGUUGAGUAAUGUGUUUAAAAAAAACUUACUAAGAUUGAGGGGGCGGGAGAGAAAUACCUGGCUGACAACAUUAUAAACCUGCACCGCUGUGUCAUUCAAAACAAACAAAAAAAGGGGGAUUUUAUCUCUCCUGACACUCUGGCAUGGUGACGCCAUCACUGUGUGUGUGUGUGUGUGUGUGUGUGUGCGCGAGUGUGAGCGUGUGUGUGUGCGCUUGGGGGGUGGGUGGUGGUUGUGGAGGGAGGGGUCUCUCUCAUUAAGCAGGCUAGGUUCAUUUAGAGCUCCAAAGAUCAUUUGUACAGACAAGAUAAAGAAAAAAAGAAAAAAAAAAGUUGCAGAUUUUGCUCAACACACAUUUAAUAGGGUUAGCCGUGUGUGUGUGUGUGUGUGUGUGUGUGUGUGUGUGUGUGUGUGUGUGUGUGUGUGUGUGUUUUCUUUCUCUCUCUCUCUCUCCCCCCCCUUCUCUCUCUUUCUUGUCAGUUCCUCCACUCCUAUCUGUCUCCUGUCAUAUAGCCUUGCCUCCCCACCACACCACACACACACACACACACACACACACACACACACACACACACACACACACAAACACACACAUACACCCCUUUUCCACCCUGUGUGUGUUUUGCUUUUUUUUUUUCCUAGUUCAGCUUCAGUUUAUUGUAAUUAUAAUAAUUAUUAUUUUCUCCAUCGCUUUCCUUGUGUGUUGAAUUCAUUUUUUUCCCAUUAUUAUUAUUAUUAACUGUUUCUGGCAGAUUUUUCUGAAGAUGUGUGAGUUGCAGUUGGUUGAAUGCAAGUAGUGACAAAAAAAAAAAGAAGCAUAGUGUCUAUCACUAUUAUUAUAAUUAUUAUUAUUGUUGUUGUUACUUGAUUGUUUUGUUUUAUACCCAAGUUGAAAUGAUGUUCUGGCCUACAGUUACAACACCACCCCCCUCCGCCUCCCCUAAUUCCAUCACCGCCCCUCGUGUGGCUCAACGAGCAGAGGAGGGGAGGGGGAUGAAGGCAAAAAGAAAGUUCUUUUGGCACAUGUUUGAUAGAGUAGCAUGCGCUUGCUGGAAACAUGGGGGACUUAAGUAAAAACUAAAAUCUGUGUCAGGAGCUUGGGUUGGGCAUUGGCUUAGCCAAGUUUAUUGUCUCCCUUACAAUCCUGUUUUAAAAUGCAGCGCACAUGAACAUGAGAAGAAGAGAGGAGAAAAGAAAGAGGAGGAGGGGGGGGGGGGAGAUGUCUGGUCUCAUUUUGUUUAAUAAUGGCCAGAGAGCAUUUCAGAAAACAAAAGAAAAUGAAACCAGAAUUAAAAAAGGAAAAAAAAAGUUAACAGAAUAAAGUUUAUCUGCAGAUCUUCUGCCCUGGUUUGAGGCGUAGCAUCUGCUCUACAUUUUUUAUUUGAAUUUUCUAUUUUGUUCUGUUUUCAUUUGUUUUUUGUCCUUUUCAUCUUUUUUUCUUUCUUGCUGUAGUUUUUUUUCUUUUUUCUUUUGCACUGCUGGCUUGGAACAAACCGUGGUGUGCACUGCAGUCAGUGGCCAGGAAGGGGCAGCAGCGCGCACCUCUCCUGUGCCCCAUCGUUCAUGUGCUGGUUUUUAAGAUCUGCAAUAAUUUACUGCAUCAGGUUCGUGUUUUUACCUGAACUUAAAUAAAGUAACUGUUUGACUCA